CGGAACUCCGUCAAAUCCAUGGGAAUUCGACAACAAUUUUCACAGAAUGGUCGGAGACGGGACUUGUAUCCCACCGAUCGAAUCCUCAAUCCGUUCCACCUCGUGACCACUUUCCUGCAAAGAACAUCACAAGGCGUCCACAUACUUGCUUGCCAAGGACCCAAAACCGAUCCCUAUACCACCCGCUGCGGACGAAGCCGGCGUCAGACAUCAUCAGAGUAAAUGAACAUUCAAGUUCCAUAUCCAUUGCUGUGACUCAACGCCCCCAUAUAAAUACCAUUUCCAUACUCUCUAAUACAAAGAUGCUAUUCUUCUGCAUAAUAACAUCAUUACCAUCAUUGCCAUCUCACCUAUUACAAAGAUUGACACAAAUCCCGACCUCAUGACCAAACCCACCAUAGCAUCCACCGCUGCCACUCUCGCAGCAUUGGCAUCAACUGCCUACCUCCUCCAGACAUAUCGCAGCAUAUCACCCAUAAAAUCCAGUGCCGUCUGCUCGAGCAACAGCAUACCAAACUCCCUACUCACCAGCCAAGCCAGGAAACUGACGAAUCCGAAGGACACCCUCGCGCUGAACGACACACGAUGGACGGACGUCAAAGUCCCGCGAGGAACGACCGAUGAGGUAGUGUUGGCGAGGUUCGUGAGAGGGUUCUUCGGGGGUUAUGUCUUUGCGCCCGAGCGGAUGAUGUUGAAGGUGUACGGGAGGGACAUGGCGAGCUUUGAGGAGUUAAAGAACGAGCCGGUCUCGCGGCGAAUCUGGUCCACGUCUCAAUUAUCGGGGGAGAAUCUUCCGCCGGUGGGCGCGCUGUUCUUCGGUGCUUUCCGAGUCGUGGAGAGCCGAGUAGUCGAUCGUAGCGAUGUGGCUGAUGGGAAAGCAUCAGAAAGCUAUAUCGAUUUCGCGUACGGUUUCGACCAGGGGCCUCUCGCUGGCGUGCAUAGGUUUUCGGUGAAACGUGGUGCGGCUCCGGGUAGUGGUGGUUGUGAGAAGCAGGGGAAGGAAGAGGAGACUGUGACGAUCGAGUUCUCUCACUCGGGUUGUAAUCCUCUUUCUGAUGAGUGGAGGCUACCACUCACGCUUGAGGGGUUCCAUUCAAUAUACGCUAUGCUAUUGUUCAGGGAGGGCGUUGCAGGUGUUAUUAGUAGCUAGGAGGAGGUCCGGUGGUAACAUUAACGAUGAUGCUUAAUAUUCAAGACUCGGGCAAGAAGUAUGACUCGAUUGUAUCAUGAGGAGGCGGAUUUCACUACGUUGAGAGCUUUGGGUGGUUAGUAAUGACGUUCAAUAUUAUCACAAACACUACGACAUUGCUUGAUUGCACCCAUCACCUAAGGUACUUAGGGUUUCAAAUGUAUAAGUUCAUUGGUAUGGUGGAACGUGUCGCGUUCACGCAAAAUGAUAUAUGUACAACGGUAGAAACUCAAACCCUAGUUAGGGGCGAGAUGGUAUGAAGGACAAAGUGAAUUGGACGUCAUCAAUGAGUCUACGUCAAAGUAUCUGAGAUCAUCGGCUAGCUGGGUUCGUGCUGUUGGUAGCAUAGACAUCCCAGAUAUCAGCGAAAGGAUCGCUGUGAGGGUCCAUCCAGCGUUCAUACUCGCUGACAUCCGCAAUGUAGCUUGCGACUCCCU